AGGGCGUCCGCGGCUGCAGGGACGGCAGGUGCCCGGCUGCGCGCCUGGGAAGGAGAGGCUCCAGAGCAGGGGCAUCUCUGGAACAGCGCGAGUCCCCUGGAGCCCAGCGGAGGGAGCAAGGUGCCCGGGGAGCCGCUGCUCCCGCCCCCGCCGCGGGGACUUCCUGGGCGGACGCUCGUAGCGAGGGCUACGCUGGCAGAGGGCUGGGGAGCCGUGCUUCGGCCGCGGGCACUUGUUGCCGAAGGACGGCGUCAGCUUUUGGAAUGAGGAAGGAGGAGCCAAAUCUCCCUUCCAGCUCCCCGGUACUGUGGAUUGUUACACGUCUUGUUUCAGUGUGGUUCUUGGCCUUCUGUGCCGAAGUACCUUACUUUGAUGGUUUGUAUUUUCUGGUAGAACAAGCAGGAAUUCAUUUGAAAGAAAUGCUUAUAACAUUAGGUAUUUGAAGUGGAAGGAUACGAUCUGUGCUUAGUCGAUAGGGAACUGCAGAGGCUCACGGAAAUCCUAGAUGCAGACAGCAUUAGCGAAUGCACUAUUUGUGCAUUUAGCUGCAUUUCAGAAGCAUGCGAAUAUACAGAGCAAGUAGCAAUAAAUGUGACUUCAGGAGCAGAAGGUGUGCCCAGCUAACUACGUUUUUUCCUACAUUUGGGUCGAAUUAUUCUGAUGUGUUGUGUGACUAGUAAGGACGUGGUGGUAGAGAUCAAUUUCAUUGCUGAUUAUGCAGCUCUCAAAGGACAUUUACAUUGUUUCAUCAUUCGAGCUUCCCCCUUGAUUCCUAAGUAAGGGAUACAAGAAAGAAUCAGUCCCGUAGGUGGGUUUAACUUAAUCGAAUCUUAAAGUGAUUAUGGAAUGAUAGUGGGAUAAACAUGUUUAAUAUUAGAGUUGUGUUCUGCAUUCUGUAAAUUUCAAAAUCCUAGAUAUGAUGGUUGCGAAGUUUUUUGGGAGUUUUUUCCUUGUUAUGUUGUUUUGGUGUUGGGGUAUUUCCACUUGUUUGUUUGGUAUUUUGUUUAAUGUGUUUUGCUACAUGGUCCAUGUUUGUCCAAGUUUGUGUAAAAGUAUUAAUUUUAAAAGUGGGUUGGGUGUUUUUUUUGGUGGUGGGGCCAAGCUCUUGCCAUAUAUUCAUAUUGCAUUGUUUUCCCUUAAAUUUCCAUUGGCUUGUGGAAGUGACCUAAAGCCCUUAUCAGAACAGCAGGGUGAGAGCAGUAAUUUAGAUGAACAUGUUCAAAGGCUCACCAGCAGGAUGCACAGAGACACAGUCUCGUCAGAGGAGUCAGCCCCUGGUUCUGUCACUGGGGAGCCACCAGCCCCACUGCCCAGGUGAGGUGUGCAGCAAGAGCAGUCCCCAGGAGGGCUGUCUGGAACAGCUCACAAGAUCGAGGGGGUUAACUGCCUAGAAAAUAUGGGUCACAUGGGAUGCAAGAGAAAAGCAUCUGUGACUGCACAAAAUUAUGGGGCACUCCUGGGAGGGACUAAAGGAAGGUGUUCGAGGAGGAACAAGUAUGGGAAAAUAAGAGGGCCUGGUCAGUCUGUUUGACUGUGUCCUAGGCCAGAUUGCCAUAGUGUGUCCCCUUUUCUCAUUAAGGUGCCUUUCUAGCUGUUCUGCUGGGUGAGAGGACUCUGUGCCCUAUUCUCGUGUGCAUUCUGAGCCCGAAGUGCCGGUGACUGGAGAUGCACAUGUCUCACCUUCAGGAGAUGGCCUCUUCUAAGUCUUUGAUGAACCUUCUAACCUUCACUUUUGGCUCUGCAAUAGGAUUUUUUGUCUGCUAUCUUCUGUUUAGCAUUAUACUAGAAGAACAGGUUAAGAUCCAGCCCCAUGUUCUUCACAAUGAUCCACAUGGUCAGCACUCAGCAGAUACUGACAAUAAUCAGCUGCAAGGACAAAUGAAUUUCAAUGCAGAUGCUGGACAGCAUAAAGAUGAGGAUAAAAAUAUUGCAGAAGGACUGUAUCACAAGGUGAAAAUACUGUGUUGGGUCAUGACUGGACCUCAAAAUCUAGAAAAGAAAGCCAAGCAUGUUAAGGCCACUUGGGCCCAACGCUGUAAUAAAGUACUUUUUAUGAGCUCUGAGGAAAAUAAAGACUUCCCAGCUGUGGGCCUAGAAACCAAAGAAGGCAGGGAUCAACUGUACUGGAAGACUAUUAAAGCUUUUCAAUAUGUAUAUGACAAUUAUUUUGAUGAUGCUGAUUGGUUUAUGAAAGCAGAUGAUGAUACAUAUGUUAUAUUGGACAAUUUGAGAUGGCUUCUUUCAAAAUACAGUCCUGAACAACCAAUAUACUUCGGAAGGAGGUUUAAGCCUUAUGUGAAACAGGGCUACAUGAGUGGAGGAGCAGGAUAUGUUCUGAGCAAAGAAGCUCUGAAGAGAUUUGUUGCUGCAUUUAAAACGAACAAAUGCACUCACAGUUCGUCUAUUGAAGAUCUGGCACUAGGAAAAUGCAUGGAGAUCAUCAAUGUGGAAGCAGGAGAUUCUAGGGAUACAAGUGGCAGAGAAACCUUUCAUCCGUUCGUUCCAGAACAUCACUUAAUCAGAGGAUACCUACCAAAAACAUUCUGGUACUGGAAUUACAAUUACUAUCCUGCUGUAGAGGGUCCUGGAUGCUGCUCUGAUCUAGCAGUUUCAUUCCACUAUGUUGACUCUGUGACUAUGUAUCAUUUGGAAUAUUUGAUUUAUCAUCUUCGUCCAUAUGGGUAUUUGUAUAGGUACAAUCCUGAUUCAUCAAAGAAUCCAGAAGAGCAGAGCGAAAAUGAAGCACUAGAGAAUAAUCAAAAGCUAAAGCAGAAAACUUCUGAGAGCUAAUUGGACUUUGAAAAAACCAAAAAGUAGCCAGUACAAUGAGUAAGAGUCUCCUCAAACUAGUGCAUGAAGCUUGUGGACUGAAAUUACUCCUGGCGAUUCUUAUUUCAAAAAUCAAGUCGGCAGCACUUCUUGUCACCAUGUGUACAAUAGAGUCUGGUGCUGGCUCUGACUGCUUGGGAUAGUGUGACCUUGCAGCUCUGCCCACGAAGAUUUGGGGCCCUCAAGCUGUGAAAUUGAAGGUUGCUUUGCUACAGUAAUAUUUGGGAAAAUUUGUAUGAAAACCAUAGUGGACAGGUUCACAGAUGAUCGUACCCCAUUUCUGUUCCCUUUUCUGUUCUCCUCUAUUUCCUUUCCAUUAAGUCAGUUCUAAUAUUAGAAAUUGGAUGCUGCCCAGUCCAACACAUCUUGAUGGCUUUCUGAGGUAUUCUCAACAUCUUGAAGUUACUUUGUGUACCUUGCCCUAAAAGUAAGGCAGAGACACGGAAUUAGGUUCUCCAAUCUGCUUUGCCUUAACAAAAGAAUGGCAGAAUUUCACUCACAAGAGUAAUCUGAAUUGUUUGAGAAACAGAAUUCACUGCUAUGAAUUACUUAUAAAGUUCUAAAUUCUGUUGUGGAAAACAAUAUGAAGUUUUUGGGAGGAGUACUCUUCUGGAGAGAAACCAGAAACAGCUACUGUUGUUUAAGUUGCUGAGGUGAUGCAAGCUGUUUACAUAUUUGCCUGUGGGUUUUUUUUUCCAUUUCAGUUUUAUUAACUUAUCUUUUUUGGUUGAAUGGAUAUAAAAAUUCGUCAUAGCAUUUCUCAGCCUAAGGUAGAUGCUUUUGAAAAUAGAAAUCUGUCUUCUAUUCUUUUAUCCCACUUGCCACAUAAACCAAGAAGAAUAGUAUCUUAGUGAAGUUGCAUUGUAACAACUUGGUUUCAGCCACUAUUUUAAUUAGUUUGUUUCCAUUUUAAUUUUCACUAGAAGUUAAAAUUCUCAGAUACAGAAAUGUCCUAUUUUAAAACUGCGCCAAAGCCAGUUUAUUUGGUUGAAGUACUUAAUUUCACUUUUCUGAACAUUUUUUCUUCCACUUUAAAAAAUUUUUUCUGUAUCUGCUUCUUGUUACCUUUUUCAGCACAAAGUGUUAAAUGAUCCUUUUUUUCCCUGUUUUUGGAGCUCAAGUGCGUAGUUAUUCAGGUAAGCAGGCCUGAAUGCAGGAAUCUUUCAAAGUGCAUUAACUUUCUCCACUACUUCAUAAGUAUCUCUGCCUUUUAACUGGAAACACUUUCUUGAUGGGGGACAAAAUAGGUGUUUUAAUUACUGAUUUUUUUUCAGAGAUCAAAUGUAUGUUUUAUAGAGUUACUAUAAAACUUUCUGUUUUUCUCCUUUUCAAAUUGAGUGAAUAGCAGUAUGGUGAAUGGGAUUAAGCAUGACAUGUUGUGUUUUAUUCCACACUUGAACAGAAGUUCCUUCAUCUUUUUGUUAUUUUUCACCUUCAUCAUAUUGAUGAAUUUGGACAUAACCUAAUUACCUCCAGUCUUUGUUUUGAAAAGGGCACAUAGUGGUAGCAGACAGCCUUAUUUACUACUGCUGGUCCUUCAGGAUGUUCCUGGAAGAUGAUGUUACCAUAAAGUACUGGAAUUUUUUUCUUCCCAAAGGUAGUUCUAGUACAGAUUGGAGUUCUUUCUGUUGUCCAACAGUAAAGUCAUUACUUUCUUUCUGACCAUUGCUCUGCAGCAUGAUGGUAAUUACUGAAACAGCUCAUGGUGUUGAAAUGUUGCAUACAUCUUCUCUGCCUGAAUGUAGGCUGAGUUCAUCUGUCAGGUAUUGGUUAAAUAGUUCCUGCAGGGUUAAAUCUCUUGGUCUUUAUGAGCAGCACUGCUUCUGAAGUACUGAUAGGGACAUGAGCUUUAUUUUGUGUUAAUUGACUAACGUAGAACAUUACAACUGCAUUGGUUUAAGAAAGGAAAUAGUCCCCAGUUUGCUGUAGUCAGAGGGAUGUUUGUCCAGAGGACAGUGGAUGUUAACAUGCUGAAAGGUGCUUUCUUCUGUGAGAUAAAUAUUUAUCCCACAUGCAGCACAAACCAAUUGUAUUGUGAAAUCCAUAUGGAAUUGAUAACUCCAAUGGCAUUGUUCAAACAAGCAGUUAAAAUACUUAAGGAAGUUACAAAAUGAAAUUGAGAUCCCAACCUAAUCUCUUUGUAAAUUCAGCCCAUGUAAAAGAUCUCUUGAACUACUGUACAGUUCCUUAAUUUCUGCUUCCUUCUUCAGUUCAUCCACGGGGAUUUAAAGAUUUUCUACCACAACAGGCAGAACUAAUCCUGCAUAUUUUCUGUAGAUUUGUGUUGUGUGUUUGCCCUGUGCUGUCCUGUGAAGCAUUUCCUCUUUAUGUUCCUUACUGUCCUGACUAUCCAGUCUCUGGCUUUCCAGUUUCAUCCAGCAUAAUUCUCAGGUGGACAGGAGGAAGCAGGACAUUUGAGCUCCACACAGGUUGUUUGCUGGGAGAACAAGGUAAACCAGCCACUGCUGAGCUCAGGGCGAAGCCUUUUCUCAGCAGCAGUUCUAGUUCUUAUCUGCUGCCCAGCUGAGACUUGUGGGUUUAGCAGAGCAGGAUGGGAAAAUAUCCCCUUCUACAAGGAAAAUAUCCCCUUCCACAAGAUGUGCAGGACUGCAGAGAGACUGGAAAAGUAAAGGAGAAGGUUCCCUUUCUGAAGGGAACAAGGCUAAGGACAUACUACCUUGUGAUAAAUGGGUGGCCUGUCUGGAGAAAUAAGUAGCCUUUUCUUUAAAUGUCAGUUGUUUUAAAGUGUCCUUGUGCAUAGGCCUCUGAAUCUAUUUAUUUUGCCUUUAUAACAGCAUUGCAAAGAAUUAUUUUUCUUUCCAGACAAGCUUGAAAAGUAUCAGGUUUUACAUUCUGUGAUUAUAACAGAGACCUGUUGUUCUCUGUUGAAUUGUAUUGCCACAACCAUGAGCUGAUACCUCUGAAAUAAUUGGUUUCUAUCUCACUGCCUUCAGAAGCCUCAGUGGACAAGGUUGGAAUGUGAACAGUAUAAUUUUCACGUACAAUAUUACACUAAUAUUAGUAGUCUGCUAUUUCACUCUCAAGUCUUUGUGCUUUGAGAAGUUAUUUAUUGAAUUUGAGAAGUUUUGCAGCCCAAGGAGGCUGUAUUUCAGAUGGAGAGACUUCCUGAGGCACAGCAGCAUGGGUUUACUUAGGCCAUGCAGAUUAUUUCUCUGUGGUUUGGUUUCUAAAAGAGGUUUCUUGAUUUUAUAAAACCUAAAAGCUUUCAUUGGUACCAUAGUGAUUUAAAUUACCCAUUUAAAAUUUUUGAACUAUUUUCUUGAAAUUACUAGGCAGUGGAUGUGGGAGUGUCCCCAUGUGUGAGAGAGUAACAUUUUAACCUUGUGGUUAAAUGUGAUUUCGCUUAAGAAAGUGGUUCAUGUGGUUUCACUUCAGGAAAGAUUGACAAUGGCAAGAAAUUACUUUGUAAUCACUAGUCUUAAUCAGAGGAGAGUAUUAGUGUUUGUUUGCAGAGGAGAGUAUUAAUCUUUGUUUGCAGAAAAAGACCAAUUUUAAUCUUCUUUUACUCCCAAUAAUUUUUGCAGUCUGUGUUAUUUAAGAGCUUAUACUCUGGUGAUGUUUAUACCAUCUCAUUUUGUGGAAGCUCUUUUCACAGCACUUUUGCCUUUAAGGACACUUUCUUUGCUUUGCUUUGGUGGGGGUGUAUAUUAAAAAUCACUUUUUCUUCAGCUGUUACCAUUUGAUCUGUCACGCUUGCAGAAGUAUAAAUGUCAGUAUUUGAGUAGCUGAUAGACCUCUUAUAAAUGCUUUGUUAUCUGAGCAGAGUGUUUUGUCUUUGUAUGACAGAAAAGUGUGGGUUAUUUCUCUGCUGUACCUGUUACUGAUGCUGAUAGUGCACGCACAGAUAAAAAUAGACCCCUCAAUACAGGACCACUGGGAAAGGCAGUUUUUGUCCUUUUUCUGUCAAGAAAUCUUCUGUGGAACUCCAAAAGUGUGAUUUGUUUUGUUUUACCAUAUUGUAUUUAAAAUACUCCACAAAUGUUAUUAAUAGUCUAAAAUAAUUAAAUAUUGCUGCUGGACAGUAUGCUCCACUUAAAACCUGUGAAUGUUUCACUUUGCAAUUAUAGGUAGUUGUGUUCCUAAUGGCAGAUAAAAGUUGGUGAUUUGUCUGGAAUGGUCACCAUAUGGAUUUGUUUCUUAAAUACCUUCUUUGAAGUGCCUUUGACCAAUUUUUAUCAUCAAAAUUAAGUUGAGAAUUGAAUAAAUAAAAUAAGUUAUCUCAUA